AUGACUCCAGUCCAGUCUGGAGCUAUCCCACUCUUUAUGAAGAACAAGGACGUGGUCGUCGAAGCCGUCACAGGAUCCGGCAAGACCCUCUCCUUCCUGAUCCCGAUCCUCGAGAAGAUCCACCGUCGGUCGCAUAAGCUUGCGCCGUCAGAAGUCGGCGCCAUAGUUAUCUCACCUACCCGCGAGCUCGCCACCCAGAUCGCCAAGGUGUUGACGGAAUUUGAGCCGUUCUUACAGAAUAUCAAGCACCAACUGUUGAUCGGAGGCGAAACAAGUCUGGAGGAGGACAUUGCGACGUUUCAAGAGGUACAUCCGGAUAUCUUGAUUGGGACACCGGGACGGCUGGAGGAUAUCUUGUCGCAGAAGCGAGGAGGUGUGAAUGUGAAGGAGUUAGAGGUAUUGGUGUUGGAUGAGGCGGAUCGCUUGCUGGAUAUGGGAUUCUCGGUCAGCUUGAAUAAGAUCAUGGGACUAUUGCCGAAACAGCGCAGGACGGGAUUGUUCUCGGCGACGAUGACGGAUGGCCUGCAUGAGCUUGUCCGGGCUGGUUUGAGGAAUCCGGUACGUGUAGUGGUCAAGGUCGAAGAUCUGGUCGGUGGUGGAGGACAGCGCACACCUGCUUCGCUUCAUAUCGGAUACAUUCUUUGCUCGACAUCCCAGAAGCUGCUCUUACUUACACACUUGCUGCGACAGGAGUCAGCCAACAAAAAGACAAUCGUCUACUUUGCGACCUGCGCCAGUGUUGAUUACUUUUACAAACUUCUCUCGCGCCUCCCCGCUCUCUCUGGAUUCGCCAUUCAUUCGCUUCACGGGAAAAUGGAGACCAAGAAACGAUCACUCACAUUCAAGUCGUUCACGGACAUCCCUGCUGGAUCACCAGGAGUCUUGCUCUGCACGGACGUUGCAUCGCGCGGAUUGGAUAUUCCAGAUGUCGAUUUCGUUGUUCAGGUGGAUCCGCCCCAGGAUCCCAAGGCGUUCACGCAUCGAUGUGGACGUGCCGGUCGCGCUGGCCGCGAGGGCAAGGCCGUUGUGUUUUUGGUACGGGGCAAGGAAGAGACCUACGUGGAUUUCUUGAAGGUCCGCAAGGUGCCGAUUCACAGAUGGGACUGGAAGGGCGGGCCGGUCAUUACAGAAGAUGUGGAUGAGGACGAAAUGGACGAUGCCGACCGUGAGCAGGAUGAGCGGGGUGUGAGCCAGAAACAGGAACCGGAGGAUGAUGCCGAGAAUGCCGAGUUCUUGAAGGGACUGCAGAAGAUUGUAAUGACGGAUCGGGAUCUGCAUGAUAAGGGUACGAUGGCGUACGUAUCGUUUAUCAGGAGUUAUUCGAAACAUGAGGCGAGCUUUAUUUUCCGGUCGAAGGAUUUGGACCUGGGGUCUUUGGCGCGUGGAUAUGGAUUGCUGAGGUUGCCGAAGAUGCCAGAGUUGAAGAAUGAAAAGACUGGAGGUGGUAUUGAGGGUUUCGUACCAGCGGAUAUUAAUUAUAAAUACCAGGACAAGCAGAAGGAAGCUGUGCGGGUGAAGAAGCUGGCGGAGUACAAAGCCAAGCAAGCAGAGAAAGAGAGAAAGGCAGCAGAACAAGGCGGACAAAAUGAUAAGAAGCGGAAACAGAUCCACAAGACAUCGGCAUGGUCAGAAAAGCAGGAAGCCAAGGAGCGGAAAGUAGACCGGCAACUGAAGAAACAGAGGAAGAGAGAGUACCUAAAGCGGGUGGCAAACGAGGUAGAAGACGAAGAUAUGGAUGGAGAUGAGGAUGAGGAGGACAGCUGGGAGGCAUUGGCACGCGAGGAGCGGUUAGCAAAGAAGGUGAAGAAGGGCAAGCUGAGCGCGAAGGAGUUUGACAAGCAAGUCGGCAACAUGUUUGGUGAGCUCUAA